AUGGAGGGUGCGGUAUUGAGCGCCCAGAGCAACAGCAGAUUCCGCGCGCACUUGAAGAACGCGGCGAGCGCUCUAUGCGCGAGGACACUGCCGAAGCAGAGAUGCAGCGAGGCCUCGGAGAGCUCCUCGCGCCACCACACUUACCCGCGCGCCAACCCGCCUAAGCGGGCGUCGAUCCCCUGCCGCAUCGAGCCGCCGCUCUGCGACGCACCGCCCACCUACCACCCGCCCGACAUUGUCCAAACUCAAGGGACGGACACGCACAAGAACGCUCCCAACGGCAUGGUCAAGUUGAAGGGAGCAUUAGCCAGGCAUAUUAGUUGCGAAAGGGAGGUGGCGAAUGCCUGGGAGUGCCGCGUCGGUCCUCCCGACCAGCCGGCGUCCGCCCACCGCGUGCAGGGCCUCUUCAACGACAUCGAGCUCUACCCCACUAAGACGCAGGUGUUUGAAAUGCUGGUGUGCGCGCGACAGUGUGCGCGACGCAAGUCCCUCAUUCUCACCUUCGGGGAAUUCUGCGUCUUCGCCGCGGAGCUGCGACGUUGUUCCAGACAGACUCGCCAAGCCUCCAACAAACCCGACUCUCCCGUGUGGAGUGUGGACAAAGAUAUUCGGGAUAAGGACACGAUAUGCAAACAUGUGAACGGCAGCGAGGCGUCGCCACCGCCAUGCGAGGUGUUCCUGGGCGGCUCCUGCAACCCCACCACCUGGAGGUCGGAUAUUGCCAUUCCAAUGCUGAAGAAAAUGGGCAUUACCUACUUCAAUCCGCAAGUGGAGGACUGGUCCACGGAGCUGAUGGAAGUCGAGCACCGCGCAAAGACCGCGGCGCGCGCUCUUCUGUUCGUGUUGGACAGCGAGACGCGCGCAGUGGCCGCCAGCGUGGAGGCGGCCCACCUCGCGGCCGCGCCCCGUGACCUCCUGCUGGUGCUGCGGCCCUACGCCCGACACCAGACCAUCGGCGGCGAGACCAUAUCUGACCAGGAGUACGUGGAGCUGUCGCGGGCACGCGCUACCCUCCAAGAGGCGGUCGAGCGCCGCGGGCUGCCCGCGUUCGCGGACAUCCCUGCAGCGCUGCGCUGCGCCCGCGCUGUGCUGCGAGGCGCGCGCACCCAGCCCCGCCACUCGCUCGGCCACACCAUCCUGCGGCUGAAGCGCGCCUUCGACGCGGCCGGCGGGCGGGGCGCCGCGCUCCCCCGCCCGCGCGCCCUCGACGCUCUACGGGAGGCGACGCGCGCGCCCCCCCACCUCGCCGAGCGCGCCCUCCCGCGGGGCGAACUCGUCGACUUCGAGGCGUUCUGCGCUGCUGUCGCCGAGCUCGCCGCGGAUGCUGAGAGUCAAAGUCGGAACGGUCAGGAAGAGGUCACGAGGCUGGCGGAGGACGAGGUGGAUCGCGUGACGGAAGGCGCUGAGAGGCCGCGAGAGGCCAACGGUCUGCUCGUGCACAACCCGCGCCUGAGGGCGUACGGGCGGAAGCUCGGAUUAUUCAUUCCUAAGAACGGCGGCAGUCGGACGCCGGAGGGGUCGGGGGGCGCCACCGGCGGCAGCGGGGGCGGCGACGACGUCCUCACGCCGGGCACCGAGCGCCGCCUGGAGCGGUUGCCGGCGAUGCUCGCCGCUCACGCGCACCACGUGUACCUCGGCGGCGCUUUCCCGGCCAGCGGCCCCCGGCCCGAGGAGGUGCUGCGCCGCGAGGGCUUCACGUACGUGGUGCCGCGCGCGAACGACUACACGCGGAUGUUCUCGGCGCCCGCGCGGCGGGCCGCCUCCUCGCGCCCCGAAUCGCCCUGCGACAAGAAGCCGCGCCCCGCCUCCGCCCACCUCUCGCCCGUGUCGCCGGGCGAGGAGGCGGUGCAGCUGCGCGAGCGCUCCGCGGGCGCGGAGGCGGCAGACCGCCUCAGCGCCUCAGACUUCUACGCGGUCAGCGAGGACGUCACGCCGCAGCCGUUCAAAGGCACUUACGACGAGGAGCUGCUGCUGGGCUCGCGAGUGCUGGUGUUCUCGAUGAGCGCGGAGGCGCCCUGCUUCGCGACGAUGGUGCUGGCCGCCCACUACAUGGGGCUGCGGCCCCACGCCACGGUGUUGCUCGUGCAGCCGAUGGACCCUAGCGGCGCGCACCCGUACAGCGAGGCGGCCGUGAAGGACUACAACCGGGGGCGGCACUACCUAUUGGACCUGGCGCGGCGCUCCACGAUCCCCGUCUUCGACAACGUGGAGGCGGCGAUGGCGUGCGUCGUGCGCCGCCUCAGGACCGAACUG